AAGAGUCCUGGCUAACUAGCUAGGUCUCAUUGUGACAAAUUCCUGUUAAACACUAUGUUUUCCUAAUCUCUUUAUAGAUCCCAUGGGGGCUGACUGGGAAGAGGAAGAAGCAGGCUUCAACUACGCCACAGACCUAGUCAAACAUAUACGCUCCGAGUUUGACGACUACUUUGACAUCUGUGUUGCCGGUACGUUUGAAGCUAAAUUACUUUUUUGUUUUUUACAAAGCUUCAUCAUGUUGUAAUAUAUCCUUAUAUCAGGUAAUUUGUGAAGGACAUUAAAGUAGGCUGUUGUACCUACUAAUACGAUGUGAGCAUUUUAUCACCCCAAAAGCCAUUUAAUGCUACAAGUUGUUGGUAAAAUGUGACUCACCACCUGGAUUCGGUCCUAUGUAGCAUCAUUUGAGAUGGUGUUUUUUACAUUGGAUAAAAGUAGAGACUCAGAGUUAGAAAAUUGUGUAUCAUACACUGCAGUUGAGAAACAAUGGGGAAAGUAAUUCUGCUUUGAAAGUUGAUAAACUUGUAACCCCACUUUUGAGAAACUGGCCCAUUUAAUGUUUUGGUACACCUACUGGAGAGCUCUUCUUUGUCUACACCCAUUCAGCAUCGUUCACACACCCUCUUAAGCGUUAGCCCCACCCAUCUCUUUAAGGAUUCACUUGUGAGGCCAUGUGCUAAACAGCGUGAAUACGGUAGUGUAGUAAACAACCAAAGAUUUCAAGACUAAAAGUGGGAAAGUACAGUCGUGGUCAAAAGUUGAGAUUUUUUUUUAUUUCACCUUUAGAUAACCAGGUAGGCCAGUUGAGAACAAGUUCUCAUUUACAACUGCGACCUGGCCAAGAUAAAGCAAAGCAGUGCGAUUUUAAAAACAACACAGAGUUACACAUGGGAUAAACAAAAACAUACAGUCAAUAACACAAUAGAAAAUCUAUAUACAGUGUGUGCAAAUGUAGUAAGUUAUGGAGGUAAGGCAAUAAAAUGCCAUAGAGCUAAAUAAUUACAAUUUAGUAUUAACACUGGAGUGAUAGAUGAUGUGCAAAUAGAGAUACUGGGGUGCAAAUGAGCAAAAUAAAUAACAAUAUGGGGAUGAGGUAGUUGGGUGGGCUAAUUACAGAUGGGCUGUGUACAGGUGCAGUGAUCGGUAAGCUGCUCUGACAGCUGAUGCUUAAAGUAAGUGAGGGAGAGAAGAGUCUCCAGCUUCAGAGAUUUUUGCAGUUUGUUCCAGUCAUUAGCAGCAGAGAACUGGAAGGAGUGGCGGCCAAAGGAGGUGUUGGUUUUGGGGAUGACCAGUGAGAUGCUGGAGUGAAUGACACAAAUAUUAAUUUUCACAAAGUCUGCUGCCUCAGUUUUUAUGGUGGGAAUUUGCAUAUAAUCCAGAAUGUUAUGAAGAGUGAUCAGAUUAGUCCCUCUUUGCCAUGAUUAAUUCCCCCAAAAACAUUUCCACUGCAUUUCAGCCCUGCCACAAAAUGACCAGCUGACAUCAUGUCAGUGAUUCUCUCGUUAACACAGGUGAGAGUGUUGAUGAGGACAAGGCUGGAGAUCACUCUGUCAUGCUGAUUGAGUUAGAAUAACAGACUGGAAGCUUUAAAGGAGGGUGGUGCUUGAAAUCAUUGUUCUUCCUCUGUUAACCAUGGUUACCUGCAAGGAAAAACGUGCCGUCAUCAUUGCUUUACACAAAAAGGGCUUCACAGGCAAGGAUAUUGCUGCUAGUAAGAUUGCACCUAAAUCAAACGUUUAUCGGAUCAUCAAGAACUUCAAGGAGAGAGGUUCAAUUGUUGUGAAGAAGGCUUCAGGGCGCCCAAGAAAGUCCAGCAAGAGCCAGGACCGUCUCCUAAAGUUGAUUCAGCUGCGGGAUCGGGGCACAACCAGUGCAGAGCUUGCUCAGGAAUGGCAGCAGGCAGGUGUGAGUGCAUCUGCAUGCACAGUGAGGCGAAGACUUUUGGAGGAUGGCCUGGUGUCAAGAAGGGCAGCGAGGACAGACUGAUAUUCUGCAAAAAGGUACAGGGAUUGGACUGGGGUAAAGUCAUUUUCUCUGAAUCCCCUUUCCGAUUGUUUGGGGCAUCCGGAAAAAAGCUUGUCCGGAGAAGACUGGGUGAGCGCUACCAUCAGUCCUGUGUCAUGCCAACAGGAAAGCAUCCUGAGACCAUUCAUGUGUGGGGUUGUAGGCUUUAACUUGCAAGGAAGACAACUUUCUGACAAAGUUGGUAACUAAUAUCUGAAAAUGUAGCUACCCGUAUACAUGGAUGAACGCUUCUCCCUCUGUCAUGGAUGCAAUGGUUCCCCUUAGUUUGAAUACGUAAUCCGGAGACAGGUGUUUUGUACAACAGCCUCCUAUGUUCUCUUUUCGAGACUCAGAGUUUGGGAAUCAUCUCUCUGCUUCCACCAGGCAUCCCACUGAUUUCAAAACUCGGUCAACUUCAUCAGUGACAACACUGUUAAUUGACGUUUCUUCUGAUGACGGUGAUUGGGGAAGACUAUACAAUGUUUGGUUCAAUGAUAUAAAAAAAUUAACGAAAUCAGGGAUUUCCUCAUCUAUUUAAUUUUCAGAGUCCUCCAGAAAGUAGUCCAUCACAACUUUUUCCUGCUGAUCUUUGUUGAUGGUGCUAUUAACAACACUUUCAGUUCUUCAUGAUAUCGGUCUAUUGAACUAGGGUGUUUUCCCAGUGUACUAAAAUUUGCAACGGUAAUUCCUCUAUAUAAAAAAAGGGAAUACUUAUAUCAUAACUAUCGGCCUGUCUCAAUCCUGUGUGUUUUAUCGAAGGUCAUGGAAAAGAUUGUGUUCAAGCAGAUUGACCGUUAUAUUUCCUUACGUAACCUAUUCUAUGAGCUCCAAUCUGGCUGUAAGAAAUCACAUUCCACCGACACUUGCCUACUAUAUCUAACUGACUACAUAAGGAAGGACAUUUUUUUAUGGUAUGGUUAUGUUUGAUCUCCAAAAGGUGUUCGAUACAGUGGAUCAUGAUAUUCUGUUAAUCAAACUAAGAGAGAAUUGGUUAGCGCUUACCUGCAAGGUGAUUGUGGAUGGGACCCUGUCUAAACCCAAAAUCUUGAACUGUGGGGUACCCCAAGGGAGUGUGCUGGGUCCACUUUUCUUUCUAGUGUGUGUGUGUGUGUGUGUGUCUAUAUCUGAUCUGAAAUCUGCCUGUACAUGUGACCUUUUCCUAUAUGCAGAUGAUUCUGCGCUGCUGGUGUCCCACAAAGACAAAAAUGUGGUUGAGAAAGCCCUCAGUGCUGAACUUCUGAAUGUCAGUAAAUGGCAACAUGACAGUAAGCUGUCACUUCACCUUGGAAAAACAGAAUCCAUCUUGUUCGGGUCCAAGGUGAAACUGAGGAAAUUCCCAGAUUUAUUUUAAGGUGGUGUAGUAGGUGACAUAGUAGUCGCAGCAAAAUACUCUGUUAAGUAUCUUGGAUGUGUGGUAGAUAAACAUCUGACUGGGGAGAGCAUGGCACAAAACUUUAUCUCCAAAGUGAACCAUAAAAUUAAGUUUCUGGCAAGAACCUCCAACGUCUCAGACACGAGACGUAUGUGGCAGGGUCUACAAACAAUCACGGACUACAAAAGGAAAACCAGCCAGGUCGCCGACACCGACGUCUUGCUUCCGGACAAGCUAAACACCUUCUUCGCCCGCUUUGAGGAUAACACCGUGCCACCGACGAGGCCCACUACCAAGGACUGUGGACUCUCCUUCUCCGUGGCCGACGUGAGUAAGACAUUUAAGCAUGUUAACCCCCGCAAGGCUGCCGGCCCAGACGGCAUCCCUAGCCACGUCCUCAGAGCAUGCGCAGACCAGCUGGCUGGUGUGUUUACGGACAUAUUCAAUCUCUUCCUAUCCCAGUCUGCUGUUCCCACAUGCUUCAAGAUGGCCACCAUUGUUCCUGUACCCAAGAAAGCAAAGGUAACUGAACUAAAUGACUCGCCCCGUAGCACUCACCUCUGUCAACAUGAAGUGCCUUGAGAGACUAGUCAAGGAUCAUAUCACUUCUACCUUACCUGCCACCUUAGACCCACUUCAAUUUGCUUACCGCCCAAAUAGAUCCACAGAUGAUGCAAUUGCCAUCACACUGCCCUAUCCCAUCUGGACAAGAGGAAUACCUAUGUAAGAACGCUGUUCAUUGACUAUAGCUCAGCAUUCGAAACCAUAGUACCCUCCAAGUUCAUCAUUAGGCUCGAGGCCCUGGGUCUGAACCCCGGCCUGUGCAGCUGGGUCCUGGACUUCCUGAUGGGCCGCCCCCAAGUGGUGAAGGUAGGAAACUUCGCUGAUCCUCAACACUGGGGCCCCUCAAGGGUGCGUGCUCAGCCCCCUCCUGUACUCCCUGUUCACCCAUGACUGUGUGGCCAAGCACGCCUCCAACUCAAUCAUCAAGUUUUCAGAUGACACAACAGUAGUAGGCUUGAUUACCAACAAUGACGAGACACCCUACAGGGAGGAGGUGAGGGCUCUGGGAGUGUGGUGCCAGGAAAAAAACCUCUCACUCAACGUCAACGAAACAAAGGAGGUGAUUUUGGACUUCAGUGAACAGCAGAGGGUGCACCCUCUAUCCACAUCGAUGGGACCACAGUGGAGAAGGUGGAAAGCUUCAAGUUCCUUGGCGUACACAUCACUGACAAACUGAAAUGGUCCACCCACGCAGACAGUGUGGUGAAGAAGGCGCAUCAGGAGGCUGAAGAAAUUUGGCUUGGCACCUAAAACCCUAAAACUUUUACAGAUGCACAAUUGAGAGCAUCCUGUCGGGCUGUAUCACCGCCUGGUACGGCAACUGCACAGCCCGCAACCGCAGGGCUCUCCAGAGGAUGGUGCGUUCUGCCGACUGCAUUACCGGUGGCAAACUACCCGCCCUCCAGGACACCUACAGCACCCGAUGUCACAGGAAGGCCAAAAAGAUCAUCAGGGACAUCAACAACCCGAGCCACUGCCUGUUCACCCCGCUAUCAUCCAGAAGGCGAGGUCAGUACAGGUGCAUCAAAGCUGGGACCGAGAGACUGAAAAACCGCUUCUAUCUCAAGGCCAUCAUACUGUUAAAUAGCCAUAACUAGCACAUUAGAGGCUGCUGCUGCCUAUUGAAAUCACUGGCCACUUUAAUAAAUGGAACAGUAGUCACUUUAAUAAUGUUUACAUAUCUUGCAUUACUCAUCUCAUAUGUGUAUAUACUGUAUUCUAUAAUAUUCUAUUGGACCUUAGUCCAUGCCGCUCUGUCAUUGCUCGUCCAUAUAGGUGUGUAUAUAUUCUUAAUUCCAUUCCUUACUUAGAUUUGUGUGUAUUGGGUAUAUGUUGUGAAAUUGUUAGAUAUUACUGCACUGUCGGAGCUAGAAGCACAAGCAUUUUGCAACACUCGCAAUAACAUCUGCUAAACACGUGUAUGUGACAAAUACAAUUUGAUUUUAAUGCAAUGGGGACAUUUGACUAUACAUGCUCUUCCUGGUACAACCGUGCCCCCAAGAUAAUAAAAAAUAAAUUGCAGACAUCUCAGAACAAAUAAGUCAGGAUUAUUCUUAUCCUUCCAGCACUUACACAUCUUGACUAUUCCCACUUUGAAAGCCUUAGAUGUCUCAAAGUGGAGGAGAGAGUCGCUCAGAUUAAAUAGUCUUGUACAUAAGCUUGUCCACAGUAUGGUCCCCAGGUACCUAUGUAACUACUUUAACUUAGUACGGGAUAACUAUUCCACUAGAAGGAGUGAAACUGACGUUGUUCCUUUUUAGAUUUAAAAGUGGUAUGGGGAAAUACACUUUUUUUAUAUACUCAGCUGCCAUUCUUUGGAAUAGUCUUCAGAAACAUUUUAAACUUAGAACUGCCAUAGGUAGUUUCAAGUUUUCAAUGAAAGAAGGGCUAAAUAGUAGCAUGUCUCAAAAGUGAGUCAUAAGAUUAUCGUACGUGGCUGAGAAGGAAAUACCCGGGAUAGCAUAUGGUCUGCCUUUUGGUGCCUGUUGUUUUUAUUAUAUUGUGAUUGUCUUGUAUAUAUUAAGUAUUAACGGUAUGUGAGACAAGGGAGAUGUACCUGUCCAUAGUUGUUUUAUUAGGAAAGGAAAUUGUUUCAUAACAUGAGAGAAUUAGUACAAACAACAAUUUGUCUGUCAUUGUCUGUUGCCAUUACAAUUGCCGCCUAACCUCGUUGCAUUCCCUGUUCCCCCUUCCCUCUUCAAAAGGACCACUAUGGAAAUAAGCUGUUAAGCUUUAUUGUGUUAUCCUUGAUGAUUGUCUUAGAUUGUAUGUGGAAGCAUCACCGGCUGGAGCGCCCUUAUGUAUGUAUUUUACAAAUUGUCAAAUAAAUUCAAUCAAAUAUAUUUUUAAAAAAAGCCACGGUAGAAACGAUUAUCCACAUAUACUGAGCAGCUCAUGAUAUAGACAGAAGCAUGCUACAUGGCAGACAAUCCAAACUCAUCUCUCGGGCAUGUCCAGCCCAUCCAUUAUCUCAGCCAAUCAUGGCUAGAGGGAAGGUUCCAGUAUUUUUCCGUGGCUAAACCAACUACGCUCGUAAUUAUUUUUUUACUUGUAUUUACACAUGGCAUACAAGUUUGUUAUUAAGGCACAUGAAAGUUCACAUGUUCCAGAAGGCAUUUCUGCCCCAAAACUAUUUUUUUAUUAUGUUUUUGGGGUAAAAUGCCUCUCCUGUGACAUAUGCCUAUAUUCUUGAAACUGGUCACAAAUGUGACCUGAAUAAACACACACACACACACACACACUGAGCGUUUAAAACCCUUUCAUUGUGGCAGGCUACCCCACUGGCCACCCGGAGGCGGAGAGCUACGACGAGGACCUGAGACAUCUGAAGGAGAAAGUGGACGCUGGGGCCGACUUCAUCAUCAGCCAGCUCUUUUUCCGGGCCGACACCUUCCUCAAGUUUGUCAGGGACUGCAGGGCCAUAGGGAUCACCUGCCCCAUCCUACCAGGCAUCUUCCCUAUCCAGGUACUGUGGGACAUGGGCCUAAACUGGGACGUGGAUGUGUGCGUGUGUGGUGUGAUCAAAGGCUACAUUUGUCUAAGGUUAAAAGGGAGGGGUAGCGUGGGUGUACUUUGUAACAGGCUCUUUGAACAGAACAUUCUUUCUAAUGUGAUAGCCAGCAACGGUGUAACAAAUUACCAAGUACAUUCAGUGCGACUCAAAACAACCUUUUCUUAUAGUCGCACCAUUUGUCCCUUGGAAUUUGAAUCAAUUCCACAUUGAUGCCAGGCAAUACAGAAAUAUAACACUCCCACCGUGAUGUGUAUUUGUCCUUUUUCAUUGUCUUUAAAUGUCUUUGCAAUGUGUACAUCAAUUGCAUGGAGACAUCCUUUAUUUCUUUAUUUGUUUUUCUGUCAGUACCUGAACCAGUAGGAUUUGUGGUUUUCCAUGUCUCCAGGGAUACCAGUCUCUGAGGCAGCUGGUCAAACUGUCCAAGCUGGAAGUGCCCGAGGAGAUCAUGCGGGUCAUCGAGCCCAUCAAGGACAACGACGCGGCCAUCCGCAACUACGGCAUCGAGCAGGCUGUGGGCAUGUGCCGCGUGCUGCUGGAGAGCGGCGAGGUGCCGGGCCUCCACUUCUACACGCUGAACCGUGAGGUGGCCACCAUGGAGGUAUUGCGGCAGCUGGGUCUGUGGAUUGAGGACCCCAGGUUUGUCAAAAUCGCCCUAGAUCGGUUUUCUUUCAAAUACUUUAGGUUGCGCUUGAUUUAGCUUACCCAGUAUUUAGGGGGAAACCCAAUCACUAAUGGCAUGUUAGACUUCUGAGAUGUCACGUUUUCACACAAAGUGUGGGUACCAUUUGUAAUCGUGUGUUUGUGUGUGUGUGUGACAGCACUUUCAUUAGUCCUUGAACACUUAACAAAGAAAUAACUUCCACAUGGUGAAAUCUAACUGGCUAAGUAUUAGAAUGGAAUAGGUGCUGUCUUGCCCGUUCCUAGUACUGAUGAACGGUUUUGUGUCUACUUGUGUUGCCAGGCGGACACUCCCCUGGGCGGUGAGCGCUCACCCCAAACGCAAAGUGGAGGACGUGCGGCCCAUCUUCUGGGCCUCCAGACCCAAGAGCUAUAUCUACAGAACACAGGACUGGGAUGACUUCCCCAAUGGACGAUGGUGAGCAACACUGGAGAGAAACUUCAGAGAAAUCACCUUGAGUGGCCAGAAUUUCUCACCUUGGCUAGUUUGUGGCCGUAAAUUAUAUUGUUAAUUCAAGGCCUUUUCACACUACUGGACUGGGCCAAGCUAUACUGUGAUGUGAAUAAGUGCUGUAUAACGUGAACAAAACUGUAUAAUCAGUGAACAGGCAAUGUUCCCAGGACUUAUCAGCUUGGCUCGGUUAUUUCAGGGGCAACUCGUCCUCUCCGGCCUUUGGUGAACUCAACGAUUACUACCUGUUCUACCUUAAGAGUAAGUCAUCCAAGGACACCCUGCUGAAGAUGUGGGGCGAGGAGCUGACAAGCGAGCAGAGCGUCUACGAGGUCUUCACCAGCUACAUCACGGCCCAGCCCAAUGUCGCUGGACACAAGGUGACACCCGGCCCUCUACACUUUCGAGUGAAAACAGACCGAAACGUUUGUCAGCUUUCUUUCGUUAGGCGCCUCAUAAAUACAACCCAUGUGCAUUAUGACAAGCACUUAAAACAAGAACCUAAACCCUUGACUUGCACUUUGCUUGGCUGACGCCUCCUGACCUCGCGUCUCCUAGGUGAUGUGUCUGCCGUGGAAUGACGACCCGCUGGCCCCGGAGACCAACCUGCUGAAGGACGAGCUGGACAAGGUGAACCGCAGGGGAGUCCUUACCAUCAACUCCCAGCCCAGCAUCAACGGCAAGCCCUCCUCAGACCCCAUCGUGGGCUGGGGCCCCCCUGGUGGCUACGUCUUCCAGAAGGUGAAGUUAGGCAUCUGUGGUUUGGUUGUCUUAUUGUAAGACAUUAUAAAGGCUCAUAAUGCUUAUAUUACUGUACCUGCAUGCUUAAAGUAAAUUUUUACAAAAAUAAUAAGGUAGGCCUAGUAAAGGGAGUGGGCAGGGGGAUGUACACUUUGAACACUAUUUAGAAAUACCCAUAAAGCCAUUAGAAUUACCAAGGAUUACUACUGGUUUAGCUAAAUUUAAGGCUGUCCCUGUUUUUCUUAUGUUGUUGAGAGUACUUUGAUUCACAAUCUUUCCUUGAAAUGAAUCCGCAUGAAUAAAUCAGUCUUUUGUGGUAAUCUUGUUUUUCAAACUUAGUUACAGUUCUUGUAUCACAUGCAUACUCAUCAUGUAAUGACAUGAACCUUCUACUGUGCCACGUUUGCAAAUCUAACAGGCCUAUCUGGAAUUUUUCACCUCGAGCGAAAACGUCACUGCUCUCCUCAAAGUGUUAAAGAAGUACGAGCCUCGCGUCAACUACCACAUCGUCAACGUUCACGUAAGUUCUCAACUACACGUAUUACAUCUACACCUAUUUUGUGAAUUGAAACUGUUUGUUAGAUUGAUCUACUGGCUGAUUGUAUCCAUCUACAGGGUCAGAAUACUACGAACGCCCAUGAUAUGCAACCCAACGCUGUGACAUGGGGCAUCUUCCCCGGCAGGGAGAUUGUCCAGCCCACCGUGGUGGAUCCAGUCAGCUUCUUGUACUGGAAGGUAAGGUCAAAGGUCAUCUCAUUAACCUACUGGCCCCUUCCAGGAACAUUACCCAUUAUGCACUUGUGUAGGUAUGAAACAACUGGAUAGGUGUAAGCAAUUCUGUGAAAACACCUAUCAGCAAGAUGGAGUGUGCUAGGGGUUGUUUCUGGUUGUGGACAGUGCCCAUGACUCAGAUGAGUUCGUGGAAUGGUUGUCAUUAGUUCUCUAUUAACAUUUUCAGAGAUUUUAGUGGAGUAUGGUAUUUGAAGUAUAGUUUUGAAUCCUCCACAUCGUCUCUUUGAGCUUGAGCAUUUGACACAACCUCCCGUGAAGCCCUUUCAAAUAAUCAUUUUCAAAACCAGUAUUUUGUGUGUAACUGAUUUAAGCUUGCUAAUGAAGUUUUAUCAGAGCUGUAAAGAUAAAUCUGUGGUGACGCGCCUGAAAUACCCCCCCCCCCCCCCCCCCCUUCUAAAAUGUGUUGAGUUUUUGUUCACGCCUUCUUUUAAUAGGACGAGGCCUUUGCCCUGUGGAUCGAGCAGUGGGCCAAGCUGUACGAGGACGAGUCCCCAUCACGUAUGAUCAUCAAGUACAUCCACGACAACUACUUCCUGGUCAACCUGGUGGACAACGACUUCCCUUUGGACAACUGCUUGUGGCAGGUCAUCGACGACAUGUUUGAGCUGCUUGACAACCCUCCGGAGGAGCAACCCACGGAGCAACCUGCAGAGCAACCCACCGAGGAGCAAUCCGACAAGGAACAACGCGCAAAGUAACCGUGGCGACAGCCACCGACUGAGUUUUUGACUUUUCUUCCCUGGUGCUGUUAUUGAUAACUUUUCACUCAAAAGAAACACCAGAAAGUACUUAAGUACAGUAUUAUACCAUACAGUAUAUACUCCAAAAACUACAUUAUCUGAAUUCUUAAUCGAGAGGUACUUGAGUGAAUGAAUAGAAUGAUAAAUACAGUGCAUUCGGAAAGUAU